UUCCGUUUCGGCCGAUACACAGGAAGAAUAUUUCGCCCCGUUCGAACCGAGACGAAUACCUCUCCCUCUCUGGGAAAGACAAUUCGCUUUGAAUUCAGGUCAGUACUUUAACUGCUCUCUCAUCAAAGAGAUUUUCAGUCCGGUAGCUUCUCCACGUUUCAGAGAUCUUCUGCUCUGCUUUUUUCCUUUUUAGGGAAUAAGAUAAUGUAGAAAUCCAGAUGGACUGAUUACGAUUAGUUGAGGCGGAGACUACGAAGCAAGGUCGUUGCGAGAUUUACUUUUUUCAGGUUUCAGUUUUCAGAAGUCCAGAGAAGUAAAAUCUCUGAGUUGGUUUGAAUUUCUUUUUGUUCUGUCUUCUGAUUUUUUUGGAUUCGAAGCGGAAUCGAAGUUUUAGAACAUCUUAUUAGUUGGUAAAUAGCUGGUUUUGGAAACUGAUUCUUGUCGAAGAAUCGAGUUUCUUGGAUUUUGGUUGAAGGGGGUUUGAGCUGUAUUUUACUAAUUUUGUGGAAGUAUCGUGGUGAAUUAGAUGUUUGGUUUUGAAGAUAUUUUGCAUUUUGAUAUCGUUUAGAAGGAAUUGCAGCUGUUUUGAAUGUAGUGAAUGAUGUUGGAAUCGAUUACACUGCUUAGAGGAGCAUGUUUCUGUAAUGUUACAACUGCUGGUGGAUUUUGGGUUUCUUUCUUUGUGUUGAUUUGGUGCCAUUUCUAAUGUGGGUCCAUUUGGCGUCUGAUCGUGACCCAGACGGAAUGGUGGUGCUAGUGACCAUCUUUGCAGUGUUCAUGUGAAUCUGUUGAAUUGCGCUCACUUGAAAAGACGUAUGCAUAAGCACCGCCCUGUCUCGGCAGAGAGGUCUCUCAUGAAGGGCCUUACCGUCCUUCAGAGAUCGAGAUCUCUCAGAGACCCUUCAAUGAGUCCUUCAUUGUGGAAUUCUCCUUCCGCCGAGAAACUUGAGAAGUACACUGCAUUGAAUCGCAGGCAGAGAUCUUUAAACAUUGAGCGCCUGAGGGAAGUUAGGAGGUUGAUGGGAAGUUCCCUGCCUGUUGCGAAUCGAGCAACAUCAAAAGUCGCUUCGACUGAAGCAAUCAGGAAGAAAUAUGAUAGAGCAGGUUCCAACGAGGGAGGAGAAACUAGAAAGAACCACAAAAGCAGUCGUUCGGGUGACAGGAAGAAACCUUCUCAAUAUGGCCGUGAUUGGGGUGUGGUUGAUGAGUUGGGUUCAAGGAAGAGGGAGGGGAAAGAGAAGAUGAUUUCACAUGAGGGAAAUCACAGUCAAAACCGUAAGACUCUUUCUGAACAAUUUAAAGAAUUCUCAGCUGAUAGUGAAGAUGUAGAGUCUUCUCGCUUUCAUCGCCAUGGGUAUCUCAAUGAAUUGAAUAAGGUGAAAAGGCACAAAUUUGGAGGCACAAGGAGAGCCCGGGUUUCUGUCGAUUCAAGAGAUUUAAGAGCUAAUAAUGAAUUGUCUAUCGCUUCAAAUUCAUUGGUCCAAGGUUCAGCAUUCCCAAAUUGUUAUAUAAAGGGUGCGGCAGAAGAAUAUGACAGGGACAAGCCUGAGGCUAGCUGGGCCCCAAGAAAUCGGUGUAGGGUUCCUUGGAAUUGGUUGAGGAUUCACCAUAGAGGUAAGACAUGUAUGGACAUGGCAGGAAGGAGUUUGUCUUGUGGGUUUUCUAAUUCAAGGUUAAAGAUAGCCAAGGACCAUGUUCCACGAGGCAAAAGAGGUGUUUUGGAUAUGCCUGUGAUGUCUGAUUGCUCAAGCUCAUAUCUGAUGCCCGAUUCUGAGGAACUUCCUUUACUAACUCAAAAAGCAGGAUCCCUGGAACAGAUGGCUUUUCCGGCACAUGACUAUUCGGGAGAGCUUGAUAUUUUCUCCGAUAAUAAUUUGAGACACAAUCGAGACUCAGACCUUGAUUCUGAAGCAAGUUCAGCCAACCAAUGCAACUAUGGAGAGCACUGCCAUGGAAGACAUCAAAGCUUGACACAGAAAUACAUGCCUAGGACCUUCAAGGAUCUGAUGGGACAGAAUCUUGUGAUACAAGCUCUUUCAAAUGCUAUUUUGAGAAGGAAAAUUGGGUUUCUUUAUGUGUUCUAUGGCCCUCGUGGCACAGGAAAAACCUCUUGUGCUCGCAUAUUUGCAAGAGCUCUAAAUUGCCAAUCUCUAGAUCACCCUAAACCUUGCGGCAUCUGUGAUUCAUGCAUUGCACGUGAUUUGGGUAAAAGUCAAAAUGUACAAGAAGUGAAUCCAGUUCAUAAUUUUGACUUUGAGAGCAUUAUGGGUCUUCUCGAGAGUAUGAUUACGUCCAAGUUACGAUCUCAGUACAGAGUGCUCAUUGUUGAUGACUGUGAUACUUUGCCUCUUGAUUCUUGGAGUGCCAUCUCAAAGGUCAUUGACCUAGCACCCCGAUGGGUUGUUUUUGUACUGGUCAGUACGAGUCUUGAUCGUUUACCUCAUGCAAUCAUAUCAAGGUGCCAGAAAUUCUUUUUUCAGAAACUGAGGGAUAGAGAUAUCAUCUAUACUUUGCAGCGGGUUGCGAAGAAAGAACAUUUAGAAAUUGGUAAGGAUGCACUGAAGCUUAUAGCAUCACGGUCAGGUGGAUCGCUAAUGGAUGCUUUGAUGACUCUUGAUCAGCUGAGUCUUCUUGGAUGGAGUAUCUCUCCUCCUCUGGUUCAGGAGCUUGUUGGGUUGAUCUCUGAUGAUAAACUGGUAGAUCUACUUGAUUCAGCAUUAUCUGCAGAUACUGUUACCACUAUAAAGAACAUACGAGAGAUUAUGGAAGCUGGAGUGGAGCCACUGGAAUUGAUGUCACAGCUUGCAACUAUAAUAACUAAUAUUCUUGCUGGUAGUUACAUCUUCACCACAGAAACAGUACAGAGAAGGUUUUUCUGCCGACCGAUUUUAUCUAAAAAGCAUAUGGAAAAAUUGCGUCAGGCUCUAAAAAGACUGUCCAAAGCUGAAAAACAGUUGAGAGCGUCAAGUGACAGACUAACAUGGUUAACUGCUGCACUGCUUCAACUUGCUCCAGAUCAGCAAUACAUAUUGCCAAGUUCUUCUGCAGACAUUAAUUUUAAUCAUAGUCCUAUUGCCCCAAAUAACACCAGUAAGAGGCAUGUACAUAGAAAAUGCAGUGGUGAGGUCGCUGAGAUGCCAAACUAUGGAAGAGGCUUAUCAACAAGUAUCGGGACAGGAAACCUCAAUAGUGCCAGUGGCAAUGAUGGUCUCACGAACAGUAAUCUUGUAGGAAAAAAGAAAAAUGUUGGAAUUCCUGGUAAAAGCGACAAUGAAGUUGAUGAGGUUUGGUUGGCAGUGCUUGAGAAAAUUCGAUUAAUAUCUCUACGGCGAUUUAUGCAUCAAGAAGGAAAGCUGAUUUCUGUCAGUUUUGGUGCAGUUCCAAAUAUGCAGUUGAUGUUCAGCUCACAUGUGAAUAAAUGCGAAGCAGAAAAGUACAGUGAACACAUUUUACAAGCAUUCAAAUCUGUUCUUGGUUCUUCAGUAACUAUUGAAAUAAGAUGUGAAGCCAGAAAAGAUGUGAAAGAAGAGGUUCAAGUUCCAUUUGUUUUACCAACUUCUGAGAAUGGCUCUGCUCGGAUGAGCAGAAUGUCUGAAUCCCUUGCGAAUAACAAGAAAUUUGAAACCAGAUUGGCAAAUCGGACUAAAAGGCUUUCUAAAGACAGACUUGGCAAUGGGGUUGGUUCAACCAAGGCUAGACAUUUGCACUCUGACUCCCCUGAAAUUUCAAAGAGUGAAAUUGUUGAAAUAGGAUCUUCAACAAAACAACAUGAAUGCAGUGAACAUGUAGAUGACAUAGCACAACUUGAGGAAAAAUGUUCACGAAGUGUUUUGACAGCAGCAGCAGCAGCAUCUCAUCACCAAUUUAACUCGAGUCCUCUCCCAGAAAGACAGAAAGUUGGAGAACAGCCUCAGAUACGAAGCUUAGUGAGAAGAAGAGUAACCCUCGCGCAACUAAUUCAGCAGGCAGGAGGAUUCACUCAACGAAAUGGAUUGAUUAUACAGAAGGCAGUUUCGAUUGCUAAAAAACUUGAAAAAGAGAAUUUGAAACUAGAACCAAGAUCAAGAAGCUUGUGUUGCUGGAAAGCUUCUAGAAUCCCCGGGGGAAAGCUCCCAUAUUUGAGAAUCAGGACGAGGAAACCACAUUCUCUGCUGAAGCUUGUACCAUGUGCAAGAUGUCUCUGUGGAAAAUAUUUGAGGAUGGGCUAAGAUGGCUCUUGUUGAUGGAUGAAAAAUUGCAAACCUAACAUGGAAACUGGGUUAAUAAAGAUGGAUUGGAGUUGGUGGGAAUCAAGGUGCAUGAGGGCUUGGGACCGCUCUUUGGAGGCUGUAUUGAACACAGUAUAAUCAAAUAGAUCAAGAAUAGCAAUUGUCGCUGCCUCGGGAGCCCAGGGGUCGGUGACCUCUCUCAGUUCAUGCUUCCUGGGAUCUUCAGGGGUGCAAAGAUAAAUUAGACCGAAGAACAGACAAUGCCGCAGAAUUAAAAGGCUUGGAAUCUCUGGAUUUGGGCACUCAAAUGUUUCUUGAUUGGAUUCUGACGAUGAACUCCAAUGCAGUAGAUGAUUCUAAUGCAAUCAAUCAGAACUGUUUUCUGGGUCCAAGGUGCAUCACAUGGUUGGGAGACCUUGGCUAUUGUAUUUCUGAAGGGAAACAACACAAGCUUUGGU